AUCCAAAUAAUUAAAACAAUAAAAUUCUAAAUAAAAAAAAAAAAAAACCAAGUAAAAAAAAAAAAAUUCAAAUGAUUUUUGUGAUCAAAUUAUGGCCGCGAUUGGUGCGCGGGAAAUAACAGCAGCAGCAUGUCCAAUAAAUAGUAAAAUAAAUAAUAAUAACCCAGUAGAUGCAUCAGAAUUGUCAUCCUCUGGUGCAAGUCCUUACCUUGGGUCAAAAUCCUCAGGAAUAUUAUCAAGUUUCAGUCGCAUCCGUAGCAAAGUACGUCCUGAGGAUCAAAAAAUCAUGUCCCGUCUGGUUGAGGAUCACCAGGACCUGGAGGACGAGUGCGGGUCAAACGGCUCACUGGACGAGCUACAGAACAUCCAGAGUGUCAUCAACGUGACAAGACAGAACAUCGACGCGCUGACCAGCAAGUUCGCAAACUUUCUCCAGCCGCCUCCUAUUUACCUGACCGAGUACUCGGAGCUCACUUGCAAACUUCACGAGCUGGAGCUCAAGCAGCAGCAGCUGAUCGACAGACUCAGCGCUGCUGGGUACCAGGAUGAUCUGCUGGAGAGGUACCGGUGUCCCAGAACGCCGCUGAGGUCCUUGCUGAGAGCUCAUUUGCCCAACCAGCAACGCACUAGUGUCCAGGUCCGCGAAGGCAUGGCUCUUCGAGACGCUCUAGCAAAAGCAAUGAAGCUUCGCAAUCUCACCACCGAAAUGUGUGGCGUCUACAUAGUGGGCGCCAACGACUCAAAAUACCCAAUUCCCUGGGAUACAGACAUCUCAUCCCUGGAGUGCGACGAAAUAUCGGUAGAAAUUCUUGACAAGUUUCCUAUUACAACCUCAAUAAGCCACAACUUUGUCCGCAAGACCUUCUUCAGCUUGGCGUUCUGUGAGUGCUGCCGUAAACUUCUCUUCCAAGGAUUCUACUGCCGAACAUGCAAUUACCGGUUCCAUCAACGUUGCGCCGGUGGAGUCCCGGCCCUGUGCACCCAAUCCCGCAUGCAGGAUGCUUACUACCAAGCUCUGCUGGCCCACAAUCCCGAAACAACAGCCGGAAUUCUUCAGCUCCCCUCCAGCUACGCCCUAAAUCGGCACAUGGCCCCGCAACUGGCCCCGCGACGGCAUCCCCGGACCCUAAAUCAGCACGAUCGGUCCAGCUCGGCGCCCAACGUCUGCUUCAAUCUCGUCAAGCCCUGCGAGCUCGAGGACUAUCGGUCCCAAAGUCUAACUCGGCCCGUUCUCCACAACCAAGGCCCCAUUUCCCCCGGCUCUAGUCCCACCAAGCACAGCCAGUCCACCCAAGCUUCCCCCACCAAUACCCUAAGGCCCAAACGACCACGUGCCCGUUCCGCCGACGAGUCAUCAAAGAAUCUUCUGGCCCCCCGUGAGUCAAUCGAAGACUGGGAAAUUCCCGCGGACGAAAUUCUCAUUGGAGCCCGAAUUGGAUCCGGUAGUUUUGGGACCGUAUACAAGGCCCACUGGCACGGGCCCGUCGCCAUCAAGACCUUGAAUGUCAAAAUCCCCACCACUGCCCAGCUCCAGGCCUUUAAGAACGAGGUCGCGGUCCUGAGGAAGACCCGCCACGUCAACAUCCUGCUGUUCAUGGGCUGCGUCAGCAAACCCCAGCUGGCGAUCGUCACCCAGUGGUGCGAGGGCUCUUCCCUCUACAAAAUGCUCCACGUCGAGGAAACGGAAAUUCCCUUUACGACCCAGAUCGAGAUCGGCCGUCAGACUGCCCAGGGUAUGGACUACCUCCAUGCCAAAAAUAUAAUCCACCGCGACCUCAAGUCCAACAACAUUUUUCUCCACGACGACAUGACGGUUAAAAUCGGCGACUUUGGUCUGGCAACUGCCAAGACAAGAUGGUCUGGCUCACAGCAGUUCAACCAACCGACUGGCUCCAUCUUGUGGAUGGCGCCCGAAGUCAUUAGAAUGCAGGAAGAAAAUCCCUACAGUUUCCAGUCAGACGUUUACGCAUUUGGGGUCGUCUUGUUUGAAUUGUUCGCGGGCCAGUUGCCCUACUGCAAUAUCAACAACAAGGACCAGAUUUUGUUCAUGGUAGGGAGGGGGUAUUUGAGACCCGAUUUGAAUAAACUGAGGCCCGAUAUGCCCAAGGCUCUCAGGAGGCUCAUUGAGGACUGCAUCAAAUUUUCAAGAGACGAUCGACCCAUUUUCCGACAAAUACUUGCCAGUAUUGAAAGUCUGUUACAAGGGCUGCCAAAAAUCACUCGAAGUAAGUCGGAGCCCAAUUUAGGGUGCGCUCGGGUUCAGUCUGAUGAUUAUAUAUACCCGUGCCCGUCGCCCAAGUCUCCGGUUAAUUAUCCAAUGGCCACAUUUCAGUUUUCUUCUAGUGGAGGUAAUAUUUAGGAAUGUGGGUACUCGUCUCAGAGGGCAUUUAAUUUGUUGCACAAAAAUGGUCAUUUUUUAUUUUUUUUUUUUUGUGAAAUUCAAAGUGAGAAUAGAUAUGUCAUGUGGGUACUCUUUUGAGAGCGCGCGGCAUCGGGAGCACAAAUAUACAAAAAAAAAUUUUUUUUGAGUUUUUGAUUUUUUUUUUAAUUUUGAAAAUGUGGAAAGUAAAAAUAGGUGGGUCAUGUGGGUACUCGUUUGAGAGCGCGCGGCAUCGGGAGCACAAAUAUACAAAACAAAAUUUUUUUUGAGUUUUUGAUUUUUUUUUUAAUUUUGAAAAUGUGGAAAGUAAAAAUAGGUGGGUCAUGUGGGUACUCGUUUGAGAGCGCGCGGCAUCGGAAGCACAAAUAUACAAAAAAAAAUUUUUUUUGAGUUUUUGAUUUUUUUUUUAAUUUUGAAAAUGUGGAAAGUAAAAAUAGGUGGGUCAUGUGGGUACUCGUAUGAAAGCGCUCGUGAUUUUUAAUGAAAUGCUGUAAAAUUUUUUUCGAUCGUAUCAUUAAGUCGAAAAAUAAACUAUAGAUUAAGGAGAAGCGUUUUCAUAAAUGUAUAUAUUAUUAUUAAUUAAGUGAAUAAAUGGACUUGGAUUAAUUCAAUUGCCAAUCAUACUCUUUAAAUCUUCGUGUUACGAUUAAAAAUAAAACUAAUUAAUUAAUUGAUUAAAAAAAAAGGCCUAAUCGAUGUGGCGGUUAAUGUAAGCUAGAUAAUAAGUUAAUUAAUUAAUUAUAAAAUAUGUAAGUCGAUUUAAGUUUCCGAUGAAAAAAAAAAAUUCUGGUGUCUUAUUUAUUAUUUAUUUAUGCGAUCCGACUGAAUAGCUAAAUGUUUUAAAAAUUAUAAAUACUGCUGUGGAGAUACUUAAAUAAAUAAAUGAACAGUUGUCGAUAUGUAACAUCAAAACUAAUUAAUAAAAAAUUUAAUCU